AGCCUUCAGUUUUGAAAAUCGUAGGUUUCGCCCGCGCUGCAAGGCUCCAUUGCUGCCCCGGUGCCGUAAGCCUGAGAGUCCGGCAGCUCAGGGUCUGGGCGGGCCGGGGGGGCUCGUGUAGGGGAGGCCGCGGGACUUGGAUCUGAGGAGCACUUAGGAGACGCGGUGCAACCGAACAGAACACCAUGGGGACGACAGCUCCAGGGCCCAUUCACCUGCUGGAGCUAUGUGACCAGAAGCUCAUGGAGUUUGUCUGCAAUGUGGACAAUAAGGACUUGGUGUGGCUUGAGGAGAUCAAGGAGGAGGCCAAGCGCAUGUUCACCAGAGAAUUCAGCAAAGAGCCUGAGCUAAUGCCCAAAACACCUUCUCAGAAGAACCGACGGAAGAAGAAACGGAUUUCUUAUGUUCAGGAUGAAAACAGAGAUCCCAUCCGGAAAAGGUUGUCCCGCAGAAAGACUCGGAGCAGCCGGUUGAGCUCCCGGCACCUGCACAGCAAGGACAAGGUGGAGCAGCUGGCCAUGGUGGUCGGGGAGAAUGGCUCCAUCCCGCGGAGGGUGACACGUGCAGCGGCUGCAGCUGCAGCAGCCACCAUGGCCUCUGCUUCGCCCACCUCCGAGUCACCCACAGUGCUGACCAGGAAGCCCAAGAAUAGUGUUGCCCAGGGCCAGCUGGUGCCGGUGGUGGAGAUAGGCGUCAGUGAGCGCUGCAGUGCCGAGCAGUGCCUCAGCCAGCUCAGUUCUGCUCGUGCUCUGUCCCCGGCUCCAUCCCCAACCCUGGCUCCAGCCACAGCUCCCACCUCCCAGAUCAUCUUGACAUCGGAUGAGGAAUCAACACUCAAGAAGUCAGAGGCCGGGAGACAGGAGUCUGUCGCCAUAAGCUCCUUGAUGGCUACACCCCAGGACCCCAAGGGCCGAGGGGUCAAAGCAGACCGGUCUGUCUCCAAGCUCAGGAUUGCACGGACCUCCCCAGUCCGGCAGGACUCACCUGGCUCUCCAGCCUCCCCAUGGCAGGCGCGGGUGCUGGCUCCCAUCCUGCCGGAUAACUUCUCCACGCCCAAGGGCUCCCUUGUGGACCGGCAGUCAGUGCGGCGCAGCUUGAUUGCCCCGUCCUCCCCGGGUCCCCAGAACUCUGUGGCCCAGAAGUACUCCAUGGUGGCCAAAACGGAGAGCGCCGUCCGCAGGUCAAGCAGAAGAAUUGCCAAGAAGGCCACCACAGAGCCGGCUGCCUCUGCCCGCAUCAUCUGUCACAGUUACCUGGAGAGGCUCCUGAAUGUUGAGGUGCCGCAGAAAGUCAGCCCCGAGGAGGACCCCAGCAAGGUGACUGAGCCUGUGGAGGGAGCUGAGCUGGAGGUCCCUAAGAAUGAAGGAAGUACCUUGUUAUCCUGCAGUGCCACUAAGAUUGCCAUUAGCACGCCCGGCUUGCAGCCUGUGGCCGGUGGCCAGGAAACGCCUUCUGUAGGGCAGCGAGAGGCCAAGAUCAACCAAGCAGAUGGACCCAAGGAGCCACCCCAGAGUGUCAGGAGGAAGCGCAGCUACAAGCAGGCUGUGAGUGAGCUGGAUGAAGAGCAGCAGCUGGAGGAGGAGGAGCUGCAGCCUCCCCAGAGCAAGACCCCUUCCCCACCCUGUCCAGCCAGCAAGGUGGUGCGGCCUCUCCGGACCUUCCUGCACACCGUGCAGAGGAACCAGAUGCUCAUGACCCCAACCUCGGCCUCCCGCAGCAGUGUCAUGAAAUCCUUCAUUAAGCGCAACACUCCCCUGCGCGUGGACCCUAAGGAGAAGGAGCGGCAGCGCCUGGAGACCCUGCGGCGGAAGGAGGAGGCGGAGCAGCUCCGCAGGCAGAAGGUGGAGGAGGACAAGCGGCGGCGGCUGGAGGAGGUGAAGCUGAAGCGCGAGGAGCGCCUCCGCAAGGUGCUGCAGGCCCGGGAGCGGGUGGAGCAGCUGAAGGAGGAGAAGAAGAAGCAGAUCGAGCAGAAGUUUGCUCAGCUGGAUGAGAAGACGGAGAAGGCCAAGGAGGAGCGACUGGCAGAGGAGAAGGCCAAGAAGAAGGCAGCAGCUAAGAAGAUGGAGGAGGUGGAGGUGCGCAGGAGGCAGGAGGAGGAGGCACGGAGGCUCAGGUGGUUGCAGCAGGAGGAGGAGGAGAGGAGACACCAAGAGCUGCUGCAAAAGAAGAAGGAGGAGGAGGAGCAGGAGCGGCUGCGGAAGGCGGCUGAGGCCAAGAGGCUGGCGGAGCAGCGCGAGCAGGAGCGGCACGAGCAGGAGCGACGGAGGGAGCAGGAGCGGCUCCAGGCCGAGAGGGAGCUGCAGGAGAGGGAGAAAGCCCUACAGCUCCAGAAAGAGAAGCUGCAGAGGGAACUGGAGGAGAAGAAGAGAAAGGAAGAGCAGCAGCGCCUACAGGAGGAGCAGGAGAAGAAGGCCAAGGAGGCUGCAGUGGCCAGCAAAGGCCUGAACACGACCGUGGACGUGCAGUCUCCAGCUUGUACCUCAUAUCAAAUGACUCCACAAGGGCACAGGGCUCCCCCCAAGAUCAACCCGGACAACUAUGGGAUGGAUUUGAAUAGCGAUGACUCCACCGAUGACGAGUCCCAUCCCCGGAAGCCCAUUCCCUCCUGGGCCAGAGGCACCCAGCUCAGCCAGGCCAUCAUCCACCAGUACUACCACCCCCCGAACCUGCUUGAGCUCUUCGGCACCAUUCUGCAGCUGGACUUGGAGGACAUCUUCAAGAAGAGCAAGCCUCGCUACCACAAGCGCACUAGCUCCGCCGUGUGGAACUCGCCGCCCCUGCAGGGCGCCCGGGUCCCCAGCAGCCUGGCCUAUAGCCUGAAGAAGUUCUGAGGCAUGCCUGCUGGCCUUCGCAUUCUCGGCCCGUCUGUCUCAGGCCAUCUGUGUCUGUCCAUCUCUCUGUUGGUCUGGUGUUCUCCCUUGCGUUCUGUCACCGAGGGGUUGGUCACAUGUAUAUAUACAUAAACGUCCUCUGUGUGCUGAAGGUGGGAAGUGGCCCCGGCCUGUUUGGGGGCUGCACUUGUUGGGUGUUGGGGAAGUGACAGCCCAGCCUCACCAGCCUGCUGGCAGCACUCUGUAAAUAGGUUGCCUUCAUUUUAGCCUCUGGUGUUUGAGAGCUAGAUUAAUAAAGUUUAUUCAUUCAUGCCUGCUGUGGGUUUUGUAAAGACCAGGGGCUUUGGCAGACGCUGGACCCUGGCCCUGCAGCCAGAUGUCUCAGGCCACCAGAUGGGCUCCUUGUCCUUGUGUUUCAAGGUCAUCUGGGUCCCACCCCCAGAGGUAAUGAUGCAGUGGGUGAUUGUGGUGCCAUCCUGGGCAACCCUGAGAAACACUUCUGCUACUCAUGAUGGGCAGGUGAAGAAGAUACUUCUGUUUUUCUCCGGAGCCCCCUGUUUGCUAAGGGGGGUGCUUAUUCACUGGGAGAGACCUAGGGUUGAGGUCAGGACAACUGGGCUCUUUGUACGGCUCUGCCGCUUAAGGCAGUCCCUCAGCCCCUUGCUGCAUGGAUGGUGAUGGGUUGAGCUGCAUAAGUAGGAUUAGAAAGGAGAUUUCUCUUGAAAGUACCUUGGGGCCAGUGUUUGCAAGCAGUUGAGAUAUUUCCCCAACAAAAUCAGAAAGCUGCUAAUUAACUGCUUAGUGCUAAUGGACGCUGGCCCUGGUCCUGCCCCAGAGCUGCUAGCUGAGUUCUAACUGUGUAAGGGCCAGUUCCUUUUCCUCUGCUGCUCUAGCCCCCACAUCAGGUCAGUGGGCAAAUCAAGCCACAGCCAGUUUCUGUAAAGUUUGAUUGGAACCCACCCAAUAGAAACAAAUGCCCAUUGUCUCCGCUGCUCUGCUGAGGGCAGAGUGAAGUAGUUGCAACAGAGGCCUUAUGGCCCACAAAGCUGAACAUGCUAUGAGCCUUACAGAAGACCUCUGCUGACUCCUGCUUUACAGCUAAACAGAGGCUAAAUUCAGGGGUGCUUGAAAAAGGAGGAACUAGUGACCAUACAUGGUAUGCUGACAUCUAGAGGAUUCCACCCAUACCAAGGAAAGCAUCUUACACUUCAUUCAAAUUUGGUGCAUGGUUCAAAUUUGAUCCAUAUAUUCUCUGACUAGAAACUUCUGUUGAGUCAACUGGCGAUUGUGUUUUCCUGAAGUCGCAAUGUUAAAAUAUUACUUCUUGUGAGCAUAUUUAUAUAGUGCGUUUGAGAAAAAUUCACUCAGUGAAAAGGUAUUUCUAGUUGCUCCGUGUCUUCACCAGCACUUGGUAUUGUCAGUAUUUUUUAUUUUAGCCAUUUUAAUAGAUGUGGUGAAAUCUCACCAUGGUUUUAAUUUACAUUUCACUACUGGAAUGAUGGCAAAUUUCUUUUCAUGUGCUUAUUUGCCAUCUGUGUAUCUUCAUUGAUGACGUGUCCAAAUCUUAUGUUCAUUUUUAUUUUUUAAUUUCUUUUGCCUUUUUUAUUAUUUUUGGGUUUUUUCUUUUUUAAAUUGGGUAAUUUUCUCACUGUUGAGCUUAGAAUCUUUAUGUAUUACAGAUACAGAUCAGUUGCUGGUUAUAUACUUUGCAAUAUUUUCUCCUAGUCUGCAGCUUGUCUCUUCAUUCACUUAACAGUGUUUCUCAUAGAGCAACAGUUUUUAUUUGGGUGAAGUCCAUUUUAUUUUUUUUCUUUUAUGGGUUGUGCUUUUUGGUGGCAUGUCUAAGAAAUCUUUGUCUAGCCUCAGUUCUUGAAGAUUUCCUUCUGUUUUAUAGUUUAACAUUUAAUUUAGAUUUAUGAUCUAUUUUGCAUUAAUUUAUUUUAAGUGUGAGGCUUAUGUUUCCUGUUUGGUUUGGGGGCAUAUGGAUGGAUGUCCAGUUGUUCCAGUACCCUUUAUUGAAAAGACUGUUCUUUUUCCACUGAAUUUCUUUUGUAUCUUUGUUAAGAAUCAAUUAGCCAUUUUAGUAUGGGUUUAUUUCUGGACUUUGUGUUCUCAUCUAUUGAUAUGGGCAAGAUUACUGUAGCUUUUUGUGUAAGCCUUAAAAAGCUGGUAGUGUGAUUUCUGCAACUUUAUUCUUUCAAAAUUAUUUUGGCUUUUCUAUCAGUUUUGCCUUCCUAUGUAAAUUUUAGAAUCAGCUUAUCUAUGCAAAAGCCCUGCUGAGAUUGCAUUAAAUCUAUAAAUAAGUUUGGGGAGAAAUCACAUAUUUAUGAUGGUGAAUCUUCUAAACCAUGAACAUGACAUGUGUCUCCACAUUUGCAUUUUUUUGCUUUCUUUCAUCAGCAUUGUAUAGUUUCAACAUACAGAUUUUGUACAAAGUU